CACUGAUCUCAGUCAACCAAUCACAGGCCGUGACGCUCAUAGCAGGCUGUGGGCGUGGUUCUAAGUAGGAAACAUCUCGGAACAUGGUUACAAAGUUCGAGAGCAUGGCAGAGAUCGGCGGCUGGACGGGGGGUGCGGUCCUCUUCCUGGAGUCUCUCUGUCCUCACGUGAACCUGCUGUCGCUCUACAAGGACCCGCACCACAAGUUCACCCUCUUCAAAGUCAUCAAGCUGACCCUGACAGAUUCUGCGGGGGGGCUCGGUGGCUAUGAGAUCCUGAAGCUGCACGACGCGGACCCCCUGCUGGGCGUGGAGCUGAAGUUCGUGGAGCUGGAGGCGUGCCGGCGCUUCCUGCAGAGCUACGUCUCCGGGACGCUGCGGCAGGCGCUGGCCCAGCACGCCGGACGCCUGCUGGCCGCCGCCCCCGAGGUCAAGGUGGAGACGCAGCUCAAGGCCGGGACGCACACGCUGGACCUCUGCCUGGACAGCUUGGAGGACUGCCUGGAGCACAUACACCUCUCCCAGUCGGCGCGUCUCUGUGACGACGAGAUGGAGGACCUGGAGCAGCGGCUCCAAGAGCAGGCCUUGGGGGGGGCGGCCCCGGAGCCCCCCCCGGCCCUGCAGCCCCCGCAGAGAGACUGCUUCCGCUUCCAGACCGGGACGUUCGAGGACCGUAUCCUGACCGCCGCUGACGUCCACAGCUUCUCCAACGGCGUGGGCCGGCAGUGGAAGCACGUGGGCCGGGCGCUGGCCCGGGGCUGCCGCGCCCUCAAGGGGCCCGCCAUCGACAACCUGGCCUACGAGUACGAGCGGGAGGGGCUGUACGAGCAGGCCUACCAGAUGCUGAGCCGCUUCACGCAGGCCGAGGGCAGCGCCGCCAAGCUUGGCCGGCUGGUCGGCGCGCUGGAGGACUGCCGGCUGACCGGGCUGGCCGAGAGCCUGCUGGGCUCCCAGUGACCGUGUACUCUACUGGGACGGUCUCCAUGACCCUGUACUGUACUGGGACGGUCCCAUGACUCUGUACUGGGAUGGUCUCAUGACCCUGUACUUGGAUGGUCCCAGUGACCGUACUGUACUGUGACUGUCCCAGUGACUGUGUACUGUACUGGGGCGGUCCCAGUGUACUGUACUGGGACGGUCCCAGUGACCCUGUACUGUACUGGGACGGUCCCAGUGACCCUGUACUGUACUGGGACGGUCCCAGUGACCAUGUAACUUACUGGGAUUGUCCCAGUGACCACCGGGUUCCUUUUACUGUCCCAGUGACCGUGUACUGUACUGGGACGUCCCAGUGUAGGGUGCAGAGGAGGGGUGGAAGAUGUACUUAUGAAAUAUUUGAUCUUUGGUUUGUUUGUGUGUGUGUCUUUUUGUAUGUUUUCUCUAUGUGUGUGUGUAUGUGUGUGUGUGUGUUCCGGUGUUCUUGGUGCAGCAGGCGGCCUUGUGUCUGACGUCCAUUUUUAUAUUUUGAGCGUCGUUGUGUUAAUCCUCCAGUACACUCAGCCUCUGGUCACUCCUGUUCUGGCCAAGAGCAAAUUGUCAAACGUGCCUUUUCUACUCUCCAUUUGUAACCAAAGAAUGAUUGAAUCAGAUAUAACCUUUGAGGUAUUAGACUUGUAAAUGCUGAGCACAAAUGUGAUUGUUACUGGGUAUUUCUGUUUAGCCAAAUGGGCGGAUUAAAUGGUUGUAAAACA